CAAAUCCCCUCCCACAUCGCCGCCGCCACACACUUCCGAACCCCUCACAUCCGGCCGGUGGCCAUGACCUCCGGUAUCUCCCCGACAGCCGCCACUCCCGUACCCUCUCCCGUCCCCUCCCCUCCCCUACCCUCACCAAAAGAGGAAGAGAAGAGGUAGGGAGAUCGAGCGAGCUGGUCAGGCGGCCGCCAUGGCGCGACCAGAUCCGCCACGGUUGCCCCGCGCGCUGUCCACGGGCUCGACUCCAGGGACUGGGUCAUGGUCUGCGAGGCCCUCAACGACGCGCGCCGCCUCGCCAUCCACCACCCCGCCCUCCUCGCCCCCAUCCUGGAGAAGGUGGUGCUGGGGAUCUUGAAGACGGUGAAGAACCCGUGCAGCACCGUGCUCAAGACCUCCAUGAUGGCGUGCACGGACGUCUUCUUAAGCAGCAGCUGUAGCAGCAGCUUGUCCAGGCCGAUGCGUGCCAUGGCCACCUCCAUGCCGCCCCUGCCCCUGCUGAGGAAGCUCCAAAAUAUGAAUAAACAAAAAGAUUCCUCUGCAUUAGUGAUGAAUUAUCCUUUCGUUCUAAUCAUGCACAAGUAUGCAGUAUCUGUCCAUGAGUAUAGUUGGAUCAUGGAAGGCUCCAAAAUGUCUGAAUUGGGUCCAAACCAAACCUUGCAUCAGGCGCCGCCAGAUUCGAGGGUGGAGCCCGAGCCUCCACUGGAGCAUGGAUCAGCCGUGCAGGAGGUGGAGCUCCGCAUGGAUCACGACUUGGUCGUCGUGGGGGCCUGGACCAUCAAGCUCGCGGGCAAGAUGGACGGCCUCGGCAACGGAGGCACGCGUGAGGUCCUGGGGUUGGCCAAUCCACGGGGCGCCAGAUCUUCCCUGGGGGUCGCCUGCUGUAGUCAUACUGUCGCUGGAUCUCCUCCCCCCUCUCUCUCUCUGUGUUUUCCUGUCAAUAGCUAGUAGCAUAAGUUGGAGCUGGCUGUACCAGGAACUUAAUCUGCAUUUAUUCAACUAGAUCAAGUACAAGUACAUUAGUUCGUAA